UGGGUGGCUUGAGUCUCAGGGCGCCUGCGCCGAAGUACCGGCUUGCCUCCUCCUUGGGUAGGACUUUUUCCCCGCCAGCCCCCCUCCCCGCCAGCCCCAUCGCGCCGAGGGGUGAGAGCAGCAGCUGGGCAGGAGGGGGCUCCGCGGUGACACCUGCAGGGAACUCUCGGCUGCGCUCCUCUCCGGUUGCCAGGUUUUGCAAGAGAGAGAGAGAGAGCUUUGGAGAGGAGGGCAGGGCGGGGAGGACAUCUAUCUGUGUGGGUGUGAGGAAGGGGUUGCUUUUAUUUGGGGGAGAAGGAAGGCAACGACCGAGCUAGCAGGGAAGAAGUCAUUCUCCCCUGCGGCGCCGUGAACGUGGGAGUGAUGGGACUUCAGUCUUCAUCGGUCUGAUUUGUAUCUAUAAAAAAACUUUGCUCCCAGGACCCUUGAGAACUCUUACAUCAGCGUCCUGGCACAGCCAUGAAGAGUUCAGGGUUCACCAUGACCAGCCUAACAUGCCUUCUCUUAUUCCUGUGGACCAUCAAAGGUGUUCUACCUUCCAGUUCUCAUUGGAGGCCCACCUGGCCAGCCUACAGAGUCCCCGUCGUUCUGCCACAAUCAACCACUUAUUUGGACAAACCGCAGUUUGAUGCCGAAGCUAAGCUGGAAGUGGUCUCAUCUUGCAGCCCCUCUUGCCACAAGAGUUCCCCGCUACCUACUUAUGAGGAGGUGAAGGAUUACUUGUCCUACGAAACUUUGUACUCCAAUGGCUCCCGAACUGAGACGGAAGUCGGCAUCUAUGUUCUGACCAGUGGGAGCGCCGGGACGCAGAGCAGAUCUCGGACCAAGAGGCAGAUCUACGGAUACGACACAAGGUUCAGCAUUUUUGGCAAGGACUUCUUGCUUAACUACCCCUUUUCUACUUCUGUGAAGUUGUCCACGGGCUGCACCGGGACUUUGGUGGCUGAGAAGCAUGUCCUCACGGCUGCCCACUGCAUCCACGAUGGCAAAAGCUACGUCAAAGGGGCCAGGAAACUACGUGUGGGGUUCCUGAGGCCGAAGCUGAAAGAUGGCAGCAAGGGGGCAAAUAUCAGUAGCUCCCCGGAGCCGGAAAGGAUGAAAUUCCAGUGGAUCCGAGUGAAACGGACUCAUGUCCCCAAAGGGUGGAUCAAAGGGAAUGCCAACGACAUUGGCAUGGAUUACGACUAUGCUCUCUUGGAGCUCAAGAAACCCCACAAACGGAAGUUCAUGAAGAUUGGCGUGAGCCCAGCGGCAAAGCAACUGCCUGGCGGGAGAAUCCACUUCUCGGGCUAUGACAACGACCGGCCAGGGAACCUGGUCUACCGCUUCUGCGACGUCAAAGACGAAACGUACGACCUCUUGUACCAGCAGUGUGACGCCCAGCCAGGUGCCAGCGGCUCGGGAGUUUAUGUACGGAUGUGGAAGAGGCAGAGCCGCAAGUGGGAGCGCAAGAUCAUUGGGAUAUUUUCCGGGCACCAGUGGGUGGACACAAACGGCUCCCCGCAGGAUUUCAAUGUGGCCGUUCGCAUCACUCCCCUCAAAUACGCGCAGAUUUGCUACUGGAUUACAGGCAACUAUCAGCACUGCAGGGACGGAUAAAGACAAUGGGCAUCCUUUUUUAAAAAAGAAAAUAAAUGGCCUUGGUUGCUGAAUCGGGGGCAGGGCGGGGUGGGGGGAAAGGGGAAGCGAAACUCUUCUAUAUUGCCGGUGCUAUGGGGCGCAGUUCUGUUUUUCUUUUUUAUAAAUACCUGGAUGCAGGAAUCAAUAGGGAAGUCUGUCUGGUUUGUAAAGGUGCUUUGUGUUACAUACUAUGCACAGCCAGGCUGGCCCUGCCCUUCUCCAACAACUCCCCUUCCUGGUGCCCAUGUUAUGGCAAAACUGUUGCUCCUGGGGCCCCUGGCCCUCAAGUCAAGUCAGAGAGCACGUCGUUGAGAGGGGCUGAACCAGGGAUGGUGGCCAAUUUAAAGUUGAAGUGAGACAGGGGUAGGCAUGAGUGUGGCUGUGGGCUUUUUUGUUUUUUUGUUGCACUGCCGUGGCUGCUUUCUGCAGGCAAGCAAUCUUUGAUGCUCCCGUGUAGGAGAUAGCUUAGAUUAGACGAGAUGCUUUGCAUCAGUCGAGUUCUCCCUGCAAAAGACUUUUUGUCUGAAAUGUAUUUAGCGUCAGUAGCUCUGAUUUCUAUUUCUGGAAGCUAUUAUAUUUAGAGCGGGGGAUAGUGUGAGUCUGUGGGAGCACAGAACAGCUUCAGAAUUUAACUUCCUAAGAAUCUCAGGGUAUUUUGGAAGUGAGUUCACCACUGCAACACACCCACCAUAUUCGGCCAUGUGCACAGACUUCUCCACUAACCUGUUCUGGUUUGCAGCCAAAGCGGACCAUUUGCACAGUGUUGGUUCGACUAGCCCACAAAGCCACCUCCCACAUAGCUGGAGCAGGGCUGUGCACAGCGCUGAUUGGCUAGUCCUUUGUGUCAAUCGCAAAACCACCUCUCCCUUCUUGGAGCUGUGCUGUACAUGGAACUGAUAGGUUGGCUCUCACUGAUCAUGAAGCCACUCCCUCCCUCUCUCAUUGUUUUCGCCCUAGGGUUACAAAAUUGUGCAAAAAUAUAUAUUGCAACCUUUUUAAAAAAUGCAAGGGACAUUCCCAGCCCUACCUGGAGUUGAGGAUGGGGGGGGGGGCCUGAACCUGGGACCUUCAGCAUGAACAGCAGAUGCUCAACCACUGAGCCUCUUGGGCUUGCUGAUCAGAAGGUCGGCGGUUCAAAUCCCCGCGACGGGGUGAGCUCCUGUUGCUCUGUCCCAGCUCCUGCCAGCCUAGCAGUUUGAAAGCACGCCAGUAAAUAAAUAGGUACCGCUCUGGCGGGAAGGUAAACGGCAUUUCCGUGCACUCUGGCACUCGUCACAGUCCUCCGUGAGCCAGAAGCGGUUUAGUCAUGCUGGCCACAUGUCCCAGAAAACUGUCUGUGGACAAACACCAGCUCCCUCGGCCUGAAAGCGAGAUGAGCUCCGCAACCCCAUAGUUGUCUUUGACUAGACUUAACCGUCCAGGGGUCCUUUACCUUUACCCAGAGAACACCUGAAGGAGAGGAGAGGCACCACCCAAUAGCAUCAAAUUUCACCUGCCCCAAGUCUGUUCAAGCCAGGAGCAAAGUUCCCUUCUAGCUAGAGGGACUGGCAAGGCUAAGUAGGUUUUGCAGCAGAAGCAGCGGCUGUUCUUUCUUUCUUUCUUUCUUUCUUUCUUUCUUUCUUUCUUUCUUUCUUUCUUUCUUUCUUUCUUUCUUUCUUUUGUUCUGGGUAGCCCAUGCUGCUUGCUGUGUGGGAUCUGUUACCUUUAUUUAUGCCUGGCCUUUCUUUUUUUCUCAUGUGGUUUUACCUUUCCUCUUGUUUCCUCCCAAAUUCUCCAGCUAUUCUCAGCAACUAGAGUGCAGGCAAGUUUUAGUGAGGUUCCCCCGCCCUUUUUUCCCUUUUAGCUGCACUGCUAUCCCUUAGCAUAAUGGAUGCAAACUGAGAAGGGCAUUUGAGCCUUCGCACACCAAGAUUGCCAAACACAAUCUCUCCAGGGUUCAGCUGUUUUUCCAGAGCACAGUGCAGUCUCGGAAGCUGGGCUGGUGCCUCACAAUUAAGGAUAGGAGAAGAUGUCCAUUUCAGUUUCUCGCAAUCUCUCAUUUCCGCCAUCUUGAGCUCUGUUCUCCACAUUUCUGCAUCAUUUUGCAAUUUUCUUUUAACAGAAUUCCUGUGGAAAUUUGUCAGCAUUUUAAUGCAAACUCCCGCCGUACACAUUUUUGUAUGUGGUCUUCCCUGUCAACCACAUUUUUUGCAAUGCAAUUUCCAUUAAUAUAAUGCCUUUUCCCCGCCAAUAAGUGCAUUUAAACGCAUAUAUAUUUUUGUACAUGUCACCUGGCCGGAGAACCACACUUGCAAGAUCCUUCAAAAUGUGAAUUUUGAAGGGCGACUGUGUUUUGGUUCGCAUAUUGAUGCUGAAAAUGCAAAUUAGGUAAGUUCACAUUUAAAUGCAAAUCGAAUUGAGAUUCUCCUCCAUCCCAUCUGGAACAUAAACUGUGGACUCCCUCAGUGCCCUCUUCAGGCACAAAAGAGAACUGCAGCAAGCAUCACUGAUCUCUGCAGUUGGCAGGCAAGACUCUGGGUUGGUCAGUGUCAAAAAAAGAGCCCACAGGGAAAAGCUCUGAAACUGUUGGUUGUUCCAAGGUAGCAUCUCAUCAACUUAUGAUUCAUUGCAUCUUCAGCUUUGUGCAUGGCUUUCCCCCAGGCCUUUACACACAGACAGCUGCUGAAACGGAUUCUCCCCAUUUAAGCAGCUCGGUUCAGAUAUUGCCCCCAAACCAUGGUUUGCAGGAGCAUAUCUCGCUUCAUUUCCCAUCGGCUCAGUAUUCCCAUUUAUGUGGUGCAGCAACCUCCAAGGUAUGUCGGCGCAGUUAUCACAUCUAGCGACGUUUGGUACAAACCAUGGUUUCUCAAACACCCCUGCAGCGCAUGAGAGCUGUGAUGAAAAAGUGAGACUAUGGUCAAUGUCCCUCCCACUUCGUUUAAAAAACAUAUUGGCAAAUAUAACAAAAAGGAAUGAAAGAGAAAACCAGACAUUAAGAAUAUUUGAUCAAUCUUUUUUAAAAUAAAAUAAAAUUCUUAAGCAUUAUAGAGAAAAAACUUAAUAUAUUUUCCUUUUUUUAAAAAACCCAAACCUUCAUCUAUAUAAAAACACAAAAAAGAGAGAAAGAAAGAGAAAGAAAGACACAACAAGAGUAGGAAAGAGGUUAAGAAAGAUCCAGAAAAUAAAGUACUUCUGAUUCUUCGCCUGCCCACUAUGAAAAAGCCUAUCAAACGAGACCCGUCCUUUUUGUUUAUCAAAUUUAUUUAUUGCUUCACAACAAACAGGGAGUCUCAAAGUGAUAUACAAGUAAAAUUCAAAAGUACAUAAUACCGUUUGGUAGGAGAGGGUCUCAUGCAGAUACCAUCUCACCAGGAGGUCUGUUCCAUCUAUGUCUGAAUCAGGCCAUUAGUGUGGCAGCAUCUAUGCUUUGAAACUCUUAUUACAUUUCAGGCAGCCAUCUUCUCUAUUGUCUUUUUUGACACCUGUUGAAGACCUUCUAUUUCCAAGUCUUUUAAGCAGAGAUGUGUAUCCCAGUCCACAUCUGGAUUGGACUUGAAAAAUGUUCUUAGAUACGUUUUUAUCAUUAAAUCAGCUGGGGCUAGUUCAGACCUUGUAUGUGACACAGAGAGACAUUCAACCAAAUGGACAGAGGAAAAGCUCCCUCAGAAAGACACAGCCAAUCAGAGCACAUGCUACCUCAGUGAGGGUCAUGUUGCUGUGAUUUGUUGCUAAGGAAAACCUACACGCACACGGUUAACUGAUUUACUGUUAAAGAAUUAACUCUUUAGUCACACACAGAAUGAUCUCUGCUGUUCUGCCAAGCCAUUAAUUAAUUAAACUAUAGUUAGCGCCAGGCAAGCAUCCCCAGAAAGAGCAGUCCUAUAACCCUGCAACCAGACCUCCCUGAAGAUGUCCACUUUGCAGAUGUUCAGCAGAGACAGAGAUCUGCUGGUGAAUGUUUACAAACAAGACCAGAGCAAUCAAACUGAGCAUCACAUUUUCACCAGGGUAAAGCCUUUCAUCAGGAAGCCUGCUAGCACAUUUCAAAGCUAAGCAGGGUCCAGUGUGGUUUUAAAUUGGAUGGGGAACCGUGUGUUGAGAUUCCUGCAUUGCAGGGGGUUGGACUAGAUGACCCUCGGAGUCCCUUCCAACUCUAAAUUCUAUGAUUCUACAAAUUAGAAUGUGUCAGGUGAGAACUCCCCUCCCCAUGUAUGUAUCUCCUUUAUUUCCCCACACACACCCAGCUGAUGUCAAGGGUGUUAAUGGUGCUUAAUUUUUUUCCAGUUAUUGUGGUCCCUCCUUGGAAUGCCAAAAUUGCUUCUCGACAUGUUCACAUACCAAGUGUAGCUGUCGCACAUAAUGCUAGGACUGUUCUUUUCUCUCUUUUUUAAUUUCCGGUGCGCUCUGGCACAGACAGUCACGGAUGUUUUAAAAUGAAAUCUGGCAGUGGGAUUGGGGGGGGGGAGAACCUUUUUGCAUUUGGCAAAACCGCAUCCACCUCCUUUCUCUGUACCUGACUCCUGUGACUGUUUAAAGCCAGUUUUUUUCAAUGAAUGUAUCGCAGAAAACCAAGAGAAAACUGAAAGAGACAGAGGAUUUUGUACAUAUUUUAUAUGUUGUCUGCCAGAAAUGAAAAGCGCUCGUUGUAAUUACACUUCAUUUGUAAGGAUGUUCAAAUACAGCACAGUUUUUAUCGA